CUGUUUAAUUUUUCCCUUUUUUAUAAAACGAAAUCUGAGCCGUCCAACAGAUCACUCCCUCAACAUCCCUCUCGGAUCUCACACUUUCCACUCUCCCUUUUGAAAACCAAAAAAGGCAAAAAGGAGAGAAAGCACACACUCUGUGCGUGUGUGCGUGCACUGCUUUAACCUUCUCUUUACUCUGUAGAGAGAGAAAGGGGAGAUAGUGAGAUGGAGGACUGCAACUGUAAGCGAAUGGCGGCCAUGGACGACUCCACCACAGCAGCCGUAUCAAAGAGGAGAAAGAUCACUGCUUCAACGCCGCCAUUGCCUCCAUUGCCGCCAAGUCCAAUAAUGCUUCAGCUCCUCGACUCCCCCCAUUCAUGCUCCAGCUUUUACUCCGAUCACUCUCCGCCUCCCUCCUCUUGCUGCUCCACCAACGAUCUCAACGACGUCGCCGCCGCCCGUAGCUCGCCGCUCCUAGAUCUGGAGGCCAAGAGUUUCGAAACGGCAUUCUCCAACUCGACCUCUAUCACCAACAAUAAAUUCAGCAGGGAGACGACGCCGUUGAGCGAGCUGUCCCUGGACUCGAACGAAAUGUCAUCGCCGGCGCCGGUGGUGUCUCACCGGCGGAGAAUCCCUGUCAGCAAAUCGCCUCCGAGUGAAGAGAUCGAAGAGUUCUUCGCCGCCGCCGAGAAGUACGAGCAUAAGCGCUUUACAGAGAAGUGAGUACAACUACGAUAUCGUCAAUGACGUGCCUCUGGAGGGUCGGUACCAGUGGGUUCGUUUGAAGUCAUAAGUAGCUCUAGAGAGAGAAAGCAGAUGAGAGAGAAGAGGAUGGGAAAUUACAAUAAAUUGACACUAUGUAGAACAAAAGUAGCAAUGCACCUUGUAAUUUUAUGCAUGGAGAUGGAGGUGGGAGCGGUGGAGGAGAGUUUGCUUACGACAGUUCAUUUUUUCAGGAGUCAGAAAGACUCACAGGAGGGUUUGGAAUUUGAUCUGGGUUUUUAAUGUUCGGGCUUCUCUUUUCUUUUUAUGUGACUACAAAAACAAAUGGAAGCUUCUAAUUCUCUGCAAA